AGAAGUUGGUACUGGUACAUCGCCCUCAUUGUACAGCUACAUGACUGUUUUAGCUGAGAAGCUACGGUACAUGUACUGAGCUAGCUAGCUUGCUGUAUGCAUUUAAGCGAGAGUAAACCGGUGGAGAGAGAGCUUGGGACCUGAAGAGGUAAAUAAAAUAAGGUUGUGCAUUGGAAUGAAGACAUUGCUUUGAGAAUGGGAUCAACAGACAAGGAUGCUUGACCUCUGACCUACUCACCAAAAUCACAAACAUACAUGUAGAUCAGGACUGGGGAGAAGUAUGCUUUGAGAAACUGGAAAAGUGCUAUUUGUAACCAUUUCUCAGAAGCUGGUUAAUAAAUUCACAGGCCAUCUGAUAAUGAGAUUCCUCUGUUAAAAUAUAACUUUACCUACAACUUCCCUAUGUAUUAUUAUCUAGAUGAGUGACAGUACUAAAUUUAUUAUUCCAACAUUAAAGUGAGAUUCAACUGAUAUUUAUGAAUAUUGAAAGAAAUUAAUCUCGCCAAGAUGACCAAUAUCUACGUGUAUGUUCUCCUUCAUGUGGUAUGUGUGAUGUUGUGGAACUUUUUGUCCAUGUCGGAUGCAAGAAAUUACUACUAUCAACCUUUCUCUCGGAGUAGAACACAAUAUACAAGACAAGAGAAUGAUUACUACACAAUGGACAUCCUCAUGCCUGGAGUCAAACCAUCAAGACCUGAAGAGUAUCUCUGCUAUGCUUUAGCUGCUCCACCAAGAGAUUCUUAUAUUGUAAGUUUUGAGCCGAGAGCAUCGAUGAAAACCAUACAUCACAUGCUUGUAUAUGGAUGUACAAAUAUACCUAACAAUGAAGGGGAAGUUGAUAAAUGUCAGGGGAGUCCUUGUUUAGGGAAGAGUAACAUCAUGUUUGGAUGGGCUAGAGAUGCUGCAUCUCCCAAUAUACCUCAAGGUGUUGGUUUCUAUGUGGGCGGGGAGAGUGGUAUCAACUAUAUCAUGAUUCAAAUGCACUAUGGAGACAAACUGGAUCACCUAACAGGAACGUCUGGUGAUCACUCAGGCAUCUCUCUUACAAUGACUCAUACUCCACAGCCAUUCAUUGGUGGAAUUUACUUGCUUUGGUCUGGUGAUAUUAAUAUUCCUCCUCAUUCUAAAAAUACUCAUGUUGAUAUUGCUUGUAAGUAUGACAGUUCUGCCAACAUCCAUCCAUUUGCCUUCAGAGCUCAUGCUCAUGAUCGUGGUAAAGUCAUCACUGGUUAUCUCAUACGUAAUGGUGAAUGGACAGUCAUUGCCAAAGGAAACCCUAAGUGGCCACAGGCCUUUUAUCCCAUUGAAGAAUCCUAUACUAUUCAGCCUGGUGAUAUCCUUGCUGCUAGAUGUACCUAUGACUCGGACAAAGACGUCGCUACGUAUGCAGGAGCCACACACAAUGAUGAAAUGUGCAAUCUGUAUCUAAUGUAUUACACUGAUGCAACCCGUGGUGAAGCAUUCCAAGCUUGUGGAAGACCUGCUCCAAGCAGCUUCUUCUCAUCCGUUCCUCCUGGUUCCAAUCUCAUCCCUGUCAUGAAACCUGACUCUCAAUCUGAACCUCAUUCUCGUUACCGACCUGCUCCUGUUGAUCCAUGGGAUCGUUAUUAUGAUUAUGAUAAUCAACAAGAUUAUGAUGAAGGUCAACAGAGUUACCUACAAGAUGGAAGCAAUGUUGAUUAUGUUUCCCCUUCUUUAGAAGAUGAGGAUGGUGGUGAUGAGGAAAUACCAUCAGUAACCUCUAAGCCUGUUGACAUCAUUCCACCAGAUUCAGAAUCAGACUCUACUCCGGUUGCUCCCAGUAAUACAGUUACUCAACCAAUCAUAUCAAGCAAAAUACAAUCAUUUACUGUAUCUGAUAUUGAUGGAUGGCCAUCUAGUGAUAAUGAAGUGACCUUAGGUCAAGUGUCAGGGGUCGCUGUUGAUUCAUCAGGGAACGUUCACAUCUUUCAUCGUGCAUCAAGACCAUGGGAUAUUCAUUCAUUUCAAGGAGAUGUCUUCACUCAGUCUAAUCAAGGACCAAUAAAAAAUAAUACAAUCAUCAAAUAUGAUUCUAGCACAGGCAAAGUACUCAGUCAGUGGGGAGCAAAUCAAUUCUACUUACCUCAUGGUUUAUCUAUUGAUCAUGAAGACAAUAUCUGGUUAACAGAUGUAGCUAUGCAUCAAGUCUUCAAGUAUCCUCCAGGGGGAUCUGAAACACCCCUACUCACUCUAGGUACCAAGCUUGAACCAGGUGAUGAUAGGCAACAUUUCUGCAAGCCAUCAGACGUCACAGUUGAUCCUAAGACUGGAAAUUUCUUUGUUUCUGAUGGCUAUUGCAAUGCCAGGGUUAUGAAGUUCUCUCCUGAUGGAAAGCUGUUAUUACAGUGGGGACACCAACUUAGGGGUAUGCCUGCCAGUUUACCAGUUGGACAAUUCAAUCUUCCUCAUUGUAUUACCAUGGUAACGGAUAAGAAUCAGGUUUGUGUGGCAGACAGAGAAGCGGGACGUAUUCAGUGUUUCAAUACUGAUUCAGGUGAUUUCACCAAGCAAUUCCAUCUCCCUGAGUUUGGUGGCCGUCUGUAUGCUGUAACCUAUACAAGCGCAAGUGGUGGAUUACUAUAUGCAGUGAAUGGUCCCUCUAAUGGUCUGAAACCUGUCAAGGGAUUUGCUCUCAAUUAUACAAGUACUGAGAUAUUACGCAUGUGGGAACCACAUAGUCAGAACUUUGAGAAACCACAUGAUAUUGCCUGCACACCAGAUGGCAAACUUGUUUACGUGGCUGAAAUUGGUCCAAAUAAGGUCUGGAAAUUCACAACUAAUGCAGAGGUUUUAUCGUUUAGUGUGAAUUCAUCUGAAACUGUGUUGUCAACAAAUGAAACAGAUACUGCCACUGUUACUGAGGCAGGUCAUAUGCUUAAUAACACAGGUAAUAGUACUACAUAUCAACCAAUACCAGGAGAUGGACAGUUGAUGAAUGAAAGUGUUAAUACACGAGUGAAUGGAUUGAGCAGUGAUGCCAGGCUAGGUACAACCACUAUCAUAGUGGCUGUACUAGCUGUACCCAUCCUACUCAUGCUUCUUGUUGCUGUGGCGAUAAGGUUACAUGCUCAAGGGCACUUCAGGCUCAAGAAAAGACGGAAUUAUAAGGUGUCAGCGGGAGAUAAAUUCAGUCUUGGUAGCUUACUAAAUAAGAGGAAUGGUUUCAGUCAAGUAGCUACUGAAGAUAGUGAUCCUGAUGCAGCACAAUGGAGUGAAGAAUCUGAUAUUGAGGAAUACAGUAUUCUAAACAACACAAAGAGAACACAAAACCUGUAAACCCUCUCAUCAACAUUUUAUUCCAUUUACAUCAUUGCCAGUAUCUAUCACAAGGUUUGAUUAUAUUUCUUAACCAAGAUAAUCAUCCUCAUAAUCGUUUUCUUUUUUGCAGAAUUUUUUUACAGAUUAUCUUUCAAUAAAAAACAUUUUCAUAAAGGAAUUAAGGUUAAAUGAGAAUUCCCUGAAAGAAUGGGGGUGGAAUGUAACCAACUGCUGAAAUAUUAAAACAUAUUUGUCAAAUUGAUAUUCAUAACAAAAUAUUGAGUUAAUUGAAGAACGUUCAUUUAAACAAUGUUUCUUUAAGGCUUAAACUUCUCAGCUUAUUGAAAAAUGAUAAAGGAUGAAUUUAUCACUAUGUCACAUAUAGCAUUUAUAGUACAUUAUUAGUAUUUAAAGGGAACAGUACUGCAUGAGAUUAUAAAUUUGCUGUGCACAGAAAAUGAAAUGAGUUUCAAGGAAAUGAUAGUUAAAGAGAGAGGAGGGUGCUAUUUUAUUUGAUAAAUGCAAUUAAGGACCAACAUACAGAGAAUUCUCAAAAUUCCCCUUUUUUAUACAUUUCUUCAUCAUUCCAUAGUUACGCUGAACAAAUAAUCUCAACUUUACAGUAUUAUCAAAAGGAUAUUACUAUUGCAUGAAAUUAUUCCCAAAAUAGCACCCUCUUCAUUUUUACUAUCUUGAUUUGGCUUUAUUCACAAAUCAUAGACCUUCUGCUAACAUACCAGUACUAGAAUUGUUAUUUUUUGUCAUUUGUAAACAGUAUUUAUAUGAUGCUUAGAACUGCUUGAAUCCCCUCUCUCUUUUUACUAUACAUUUACUAAAGCAAUUAAAGCUGAUAAUCUUCUCACUUACAAUAGUCCCCCCCCCUCCACCACACAGGCUGCAACAUUUUUUUUUUUGCGACUAUUGACAGUUCUUAAAAUGUUUGGAACCUACAUGUAAAUUACUCAAAGGUGUGAAUUUGUUAUUUUGUUUAUAAAUCCAAUACAAAUUGGGUGUUUAUCCAAAAUUCAUAAAUAUAUCAUUUCUAUACCCUUGCUCAUUAAACUUGUAUAUGAUAGGAAUAAAACUUGCUGAAAUUUCCUUUUUUUUAAAUAAGUAAAACAAAAAAUGCAAAAGAGUUUUUUUUUAAUGGUAUACAUAACAGGAAUAUUGUGAAUUCAUUUUUAUUUAUUACAUUUGAUCACAUUUCUGCAAAGAAUCUUUGAAAAAGAAAUUAGUUAAUAAGAGCAAACUUUUGAUUUUGUGAAUAAUUUAAGCUUAAUUAGUUAUCAGAUUUUGGGGAGAAUCACAUAAUUCAGUAUUUUAGGCUUUCAAAAAGCUCAGUCUCUUUAGGGAUUAAGAUGGAAUAAUGGAGCUUCUUUAAGUUUAAUUCCCCUGUAAUGUCUCAUUUUUUUACAUCACAGUAUUUAACUAUUCAUACCUAAUUUAUGCCAUUACCAAGAGCUCAGCAAUCAAUAUGCAGUGGGGUUUUUUUGGGGGGAGGUGGGUUUACUAUGGUAUGCAUUGUAUUACAUUGUCAUUCUUUAUCUACUUGGUCAGCCCAAGACAAUCGUCUUCAAAAUGUGCAGUUAUUGCAUUUUAAGAAUUAGGUUAUUACUUAUUUUGACUAAGAAUAAGAGUACCGGUAAAGAUUAGAUAACUUGGUCCAUUGUAAAUUAUAAAGGUUGUAUCCUCUUACUUAUGUGAAUCAUAGUAAAGAAAACUUGAUAUGUUAAAUGGUGGUUUCUGGUUUUUAUCAGAAUGUGGAUUUAAUAACUGGAUAAUGAUUAAGUUUUAUUUUUAUGUUUAUGAAACAAAGUCAUUCCCUUUCACCGUUUUAUACAAAGAUAGUUACUUGACAGUCCAUUGAAACCAUUGUAUAUCAUUUCUAUUGUAUUUAAAAGAUAUUCAAAGCAAUUAAUGUAAAUACUUUUGAUGAUGAAUUGCAUAAUUUAAUUUUUCUUAUUUUCUUUCAUGAGAAUUCUAGGUGGCAGAUCAGUUCAAUUGACUACUUGUAGCAUAUUAAAUCAAAUUAAGUAAACAAUUUUGUUGAAAUAUGUGAAAUAAAUACAGCACUUCAAAUUUUGCAUUGUAAAAUUGUGAUAAGUUCACUAUUUUUUCCUUUAUAUUGUGUCAUACAUGUACAAUAUUCAAUACAUUUCAUUACAAAUAUAUGAUGAAUCUUUCUAUAGUAUGAUUAAAAUCAGCUCGUAUUUUAAGAAAAAUUACCCUUAAGUUUUUUUUUCUGGAGUAAUGCAAGUUCAAGAACAUGUAUUUUGUAUUUCUGUUCAAUUGUGUGUAUCAGUUUGGAAAUGGGUUGGAUUGUAAAUAUAAUGUACAGGAUUUGAAGAAAAAGAAACACAAUUAUAAAUAUUUUUGUCAAUGAAGCGUCUUUAAAAUGGAUGUUUGGUGUUUUUGUCUCAUGCUGUUGCAAUUGAAGUUAGAUGCUGUAACUAUUCUGCUUGUAUUUGAUUAGUUCUUCAUUGAUUUGAUGGAUACUAUUGUAAAUCCACCCAAAUAUCUAGAUUGGUGUUUAACUUAUAUUGUGAUAAAAUAUAUUUUUGUACUAGAUCUUGAUUUCACAGUAGACGUGCCAAGAUGCCCUUAGCAGAGAAUAUAUAUUGUGUUUACAUUUUAUUUCCUUAAAAUGAAUCAUAUUUAUUUAUUCACAAGUAUUGUUUACUUAACUGCCAUUGUUGACUGGAUGCAUCGAUGCCUAUUUUAACUUAUUUUCUUGGCUAUUUUUUUUCUUGAAGCAUGUUUUGUAUGAAGAAAAAAGUUUUCUUCAUGCUGACUUUUUUUCUGCAAGCUUUGCUCGAAUUUCCUAUCCAAAAGGCACUUGAUAUAGUCUUUUUCUUUUGGUUACAUAACACUGCACACACACACUACUUCAUGUUUAGGUCACUAAAAAAACACCUCAGAAUGAUCAGCUUAGAUGAUCAAAUUUCUCAUACCACAGCAUAUUUUUUAGUUAAUUUACACAAUACAAUUUGUUGUUGUAUGAUGCACAUUUUGAUUUACAACUCAGCUAGGUUCAGGAAGGGAGGUGUCAUUCACUAAGAUAUAUUUUAAAGUUAAACUAUUCAUUGCAAUCAGAAUUUUAACCCUUUUCAAUGUAAUAACACCUUAAAUGAACAUUCCAACCAAUAAAAUCUUGGAAAUCAGAAUUCAGAGUAGAGGUGGGACUAUUGAAAUUGAAAUUCAGUCUUGUUUGAGCCUCUGUAGGAAUGAAAGCAAGUUCAAUUCCAAAUUUUAAUGAUUUUACUAUUCCUAACAUUAUACUUAACUUCUAAAAUAAUUUUACUUAUCAGAAUGGUCAUAUUUCAAGCAAAAUCUGAUUUAUUGGAUCAUGUAGUGUGGGCUGGGUUUUCAAGAGAUUAUAAUUGUGUAGCAAAGACAUCUAAAUAUGUUUUGUGAUCUGAAUAAAAUCACACUUUUUAUUGAAUUACAAUUGAAUUGAAGAUUCUGUUUCAUAUACAAGGUUAGAGGAUUGAAAUCCUGUGUUGUCGAAUUAUCCAAUAUGAAUUGAGUACAAUGUAUUAGUAUUUAUUCCAUACAAAUAUGUAUUAUUCCACCAAGUUACAAUGUUUAGAGUUUUGGCCAAACACAUCUUAUUUAAUGCAAUAUAUCGUCUCAGGUAUAAUAAUGUCCUUUAAAACAUGUUAAGUUUACUGUAUGAGGACAGUUUAAAGGCUGAUAUUGACAGAAUUUACUCAGUUCAAAUAUGCAAAAUAUUGAAUCUCAUAGUCCCAUUGUAAUACACAUUUCUUAUAUCUUAUCAGUGCAGUAGUCCUGGCAAAUGAAAAAACAAAUGACAAGGUAAGCAAAUUGUUGGUGUCAAUUGAAAUUGGAAGAAGAGUGACAAAUAAUGAAUUUUAGUCAAGUUUUGGACUUUCCACGGAGAGAUUAGAUUGAGUGUAUUAUGCAAAUGUAUUUAUUUUAAUAUAGAAUAUUUUGUGUUUAUUUGUAUAUCUUGGUUUACCCUUGCCAUGCUGUGAACAUUGGUGUUAUUAUUUGUAAUGCUUAAAUUGGUGUCUAUGCUUGUAUGUGCUGCUUUUGUAACAGUUCUAUUAUUAUUUGGGUAUAGGAUUAUUAUAGAUUUGGAGGAUUAUGUAAACUACACAGAAUAUAUGGGAAGAUGAUUGUCUUCAGUCAAAGGA